AUGUCCGACUCCGAGCUCGCCCCUGCCUUUGCGCCAUUCUUUGGCAUGGUGUGUAUAUGCCUCUUCGCCUCGAGUGUUGGAGCCGCGUUUGGCACAGCAAAGUCUGGUAUCGGUAUCGCUGGUGUCGGUACCUUUAGAUCCGACCUGAUCAUGAAGUCGCUCAUCCCCGUCGUCAUGUCUGGUAUCAUCGCCGUCUACGCCCUUGUUGUCGCCGUCUUGAUUGCCGGUGACAUGCGCCCUCCCCCAGGCACCCACUACAGCUUGUUCACUGGCUUCAUGCACCUGGCAUGCGGUCUUUCGGUCGGCCUGACUGGUCUUGCUGCUGGAUAUGCUAUCGGAAUUGUCGGCGAUAUGGGUGUCAGAUCAUACAUGCAGCAGUCACGAAUCUUUGUUGGCAUGGUCCUGAUUCUCAUUUUCGGCGAAGUCUUGGGUCUAUACGGGUAUCGUCCAGCCUUUCCUGCUUCUGCAAGACUCCAUCGCAAGCUUCAUGCACAGACCGACCGCCUGGUAACUUGGGGUUUGGAAUGGGCCGAGGAAACAAACGACAGCAUCGACGAGUCUAUCGAACGAGCUGGCCUGACCGAAAACGUGACCAAUAUCCUAGGAAAUAUCAAGGAUAUCCUUGAACAGGCCGACAGACUCUCGUCACAUACUCCUGCAUCCGACAAGGUCGUCUUUAACCAAGACAAAUACGAAGAUCUCCUACGCGAUCUGACUUCAUCCGUUGAUGUCCUCUACGACCUUUCGGCCUCUCGCAGGGCCAUCGCCAGAGGCACGUAUCCCAAGUUGAGCGACAAUCCGCCUGAUUUUGCCAAACAUGGUUUCUAUAACCUAAAGACUCCGUUCGAUGCCGCUAGUUUCGCUUCUUCGGAGAAGACUCUAGUCAACACGCAAUUUGCACGACCCGCUCUAUCGCCCUACGCCGGACUACCAGCAAGCAUUAGUCCACAGGCUUUGAUGCUACCAGCAGAAGGACCACCUCCCUACGAAUACUUAGGUGUUCCUUCACCAGCUAGAAUGAUGGGCCGGUUGAGUAAAUCGCUAGCCCCCGAGAGCGUUCGUAACGUAUUCAGAGACGUUACAGACGAGUACGUCUGGGUUAUGGUCGAGUUCGAGAAUUACGAUCCGCUGUAUCGCGAUACUGGUGUGUCGCCGCCACUUACAAGAGUAGAGAAGCUGGCUUCCUCUCUAAACAUGCUGUCCAACAGAGGCAACCUUAGGCUGCUUGGUUAUGUGGAAGAUCCUCACCAACCUCGCAUAGGACUGGUAUACGACUAUCGCAACGUGCAGCCACACCAAUCUGGAGAAAUUCGUCCAGUUACUCUCAUGGGUCUCAUGUUAACUGCAACACAAGCCAAGAGACCUGUCGACGUCUCGAAUGCUACACCAUUCCUGGAAGACAGAUUUCGCAUAGCAUUGCGUCUUGUCGAGAAACUGAGAGACUUGCACGCAGAGAACUAUUUCCAUGGUAACAUACACAGCGAAAGCAUCGUGUUUCUACAACAAGGCCAUUCUCCACAGCCACGAAAAAGUGAGCUACAUCGACCUGUCAUCUCAUCAUUCGACAUGUUUUCCAGGAACAGAAUCGAGUAUGGAGAUUCUUCACCAAUCUCCAACAUCACAAAGCAUCCAGAAGACACCGGAGGUGAGAUCGACGACGUUACGGCCAUUAGGUAUGACCUGUACCAGAUUGGUCUCGUCCUUCUGGAGAUCGGCCUCUGGAAUCCUGUCAACGACUAUUUUAAGGAAAAGUACACGUUGAAAGAUUUCAAGCUCAGGUUGGAGAAGCUCUACAUACCAAAGCUUGCAAGCAAAUGCGGCUCACUUUACAUGCGUGCAGUACAGACUUGCUUGCGGUGGGCUGAUAACGAUGACGUCGGGCAUGUCGGUGUAGAAGCCGUCUACGACAGCAUUCUCGUCAAGCUCCAGCGUUGUGUUUUGCUAGACGAGACAGAACCUUUGGAGAUUACUCAGAUCCCGGCCGAGUUCUUGCAGGCUCAAGGCAGCACGGGAGAUUUGCAACCCGCAAAAAAGCAGCGCCUCAUCAUCUCACCUGCACGUCUCGUUACAGAGUCUCUUGACCUCAAAGCUUCUGAGAAGGUCUCAGUGGCAUCAUACCCAUCUGCCAUCUCAAGUUCUGUUGGACCACAUUCACCUAUCCUUUCGAUGUUGGGUGCCAAGUCGAAUCGGUCCAAUUCGACAAGCGCAGAUUCGCUCAAGCACUCAGGGCCUGGUUCGGAUCCUUUCUCUUUCUCGUUCCGUGACUACCGUCGCAAAGUCGUUCUCAUACAGUCUCGAUGGCGUGCGAGGAAAGCCGAGAUGCGUGGUAAUGUUCAUGAGGAAGCCCAACCUCUACAGUCGCGAAUCGACCAGCGAGCAGCUGCCCCUACAAGCAAGUGUCGUCUGUUCCCUUGUUCACUGCCACAGACUAUUGUGGAUGAAUGGCAUUCAGACAUUGGCUUCCGUCUCUCUUGUAUCAUUGAGCGAGCAUUGAAAGGUUCCACCGAAUCCUCAAGCAUCGAUCUCGUUAGUGUUGGCCAUGACGCCUUUACCGCAAGGCCCACCAUCGUUGUGACUUGCACGAACACGGCAAGAGUUAAAGCCGCACUCAAACGCAAGUUCCACUAUGAUCGGACCAUGUUCGAUCUCAAGGUCCGACAAGGCUGUGUGAACCUGUCGAGAGGGAAGUCAAGGCUCUGCGGCAAAGGUGACACUGCGAAACGAAGUCACGCAAGAGGUGAUGAAAGCGAAAGUAACGUAACUCCAAUGAACCCUUUCUGGCAAGAACGUCCUCUUUGUGGUGCAUCCAUUGGUGCAUAUCUACCUGAUCACGGUCAUCUUGAGCCGGUAUCGUUCGGCGGUGUAAUCAAAGUGGACGACAGAGAAUAUGGCAUGAGCGUGCAUCACAUGCUCGAGCCUCCGACCGAUGAAGAAGACUCGGGCGACUCGGACCAGUACCAUGAUUACAUGAGUGACCUAUCGUCGGUCUCGAGCACAGAUUCUGACAACGACGGCUACGAAUCUUCAGACUUUGAAAGCGACGUCUCCGAAGACGAGGAUGCAGGCGACAGACCAGGCAUCACAGCGUUAUCCUCCAGAACCGUACAAGUGACCCAACCAGCCUUUGGCGACGCCGUGGCCGAAGACCUCCACGCCGACGACGCAACCACAGAAGAACUGGACGAAGACCAUCUCUCCUCCUACAAACUCGGCAAGGUCUACGCGUCCUCAGGCCUGCGUCGCUGGAACGAAGGAGGCAAACGAUACGAGAUUGACUGGGCGCUCUUGGAACUCGACCCCCCUCGUCUUCAACCCUACAACCUCAUCCAAGGAGGACGCCGCCAUUGCAAGUCUCCCGUGUCGUUCAUCCCUGACCUCAAGCCUCCUGUGUCUAGACGCAACAACCUCUACUCCGCAGACGAAGACUGGUACCCCACCUCCAUCAUCCCCUGCUCCCAACUCGCAAACCUCUCCGUACACUGUCUCGGCCGCACCUCUGGUCUCAAAACCGGUAUCAUCAGUGCCGCACAAUCGUUCGUCAAGAUCAAAGGACGAAGAAACUUUUCACUGAGCUGGACGGUAGUGGGUGACUUUGGCAUUGGCGGGGACUCGGGUGCGUGGAUCGUGAGUAAUGUUACUGGACAAGUCGCUGGACACGUUCUUGCCGAACGAACGGGGUUGACGUAUAUUUGCGCUAUGCAUUUGUUGUUUGAGGAUAUACAGCAGACGCUGAGUGCAUGUCGCAUCAGUCUUCCCGGCGCUGAUGCGGCGAUUGCUGGCGUGGACCCGAUGGAUGCAAGUGGAAAUAAAGCAGCAGUGAUGCUUACGACGAUGCCGACCAGGAAAGAAGUAGGAUCUGGAGGGGAUGAUAUCGUCGAUGGAAGGAAGAGAUUUUACCAGUCGUCUGCUUCCAGAGCGAGGGAGAAGAGUAAGGUUUCUGAUGCGGCUGAGGUGGCUGCUUCGAAGGUUAGGACGCUGGGUUGGUGGUCGCAGACUGUUUCGAAUUAA